GCCGAAGCUCACUGGGCGGACACGCUUAGAACGGCGACUGGAUUCCUCCUCCGGCUGGGCGGCCUCAUGAAUCCCCCUCCCGCUCCAGACGAUGGCCCUGAUCCUCUUCGCCUGCGUGGUGCGGGUGAGGGAUGGGCUCCCACUGUCAGCCUCCACGGACUUCCACCACGACCGGGGCUUUGAGGAAUGCCGGCGGAGGCUGCGGGCGCUGUCGGCGAUGCUGGCGUGCGGCCCGGCCCGAGGCUCUGCCCGGGGACGGGACUUCAGCGUUCAUUUUCACUCAUGCGGGGACGUGGCCUGCCUGGGGAUCUGUUCCAGCCAGUACCCGGCAGCGAUGGCCUUCUGCUUCCUGGAGGAACUGCGCUGGGAGUUCACGGCCGCGUACGACACCGUCAGCAUCGGCUUGGCCUCCCGACCGUACGCCUUCCGGGAAUUUGACGGCGUGAUCCAGAAGGUGAAGUGGCAGUUCAACUGUGCGCCCUCCUCUCAACUGACGGACACUCUGGAGAAAAUUCAGGAAGAACUGGACCUCAAGCCACCAGUGGUCCUGGCCUUGGAUGGCCCGGAGGUGAUGAAUGGAGCAACGAGUGGUCACUGCCGGCGGCAGGAGGAGCCUGCGGCCAGUAUCCGGAUGAAGCCCGUGUCGGCCCUGGGGAUCCUGUCUCUAGUCCUCAACAUCAUGUGCGCAGCUCUGAAUCUCAUUCGCGGGGUCCACCUGGCAGAGAAUUCCCUCCAGGAGGAUUGCAAGGGAAUUGGAAACGCUCUGGCAUUUCUGAUCUCCUUUGGAGCCUGCAUAGCCCAGUGUCACCUGUACCUAUUCUACAGUCCAGCCCGGAUGCCCAAGGCAGCGCUGGCGCUGGCCUGCGUCUGCCUGUGCAACGUGUCCCUGUACGGGCGCCGCAACGGGUGGCAGAUCCUGUUCCACAGCGGCGUGGCCUUCCUCUCCUCUUACCAGACUCUGGCCCGGCGGCAGCAGCAGGACAGGCAGCCGGACUGCGGGGUCUGACGCGGCCCCCGGAACCGGCCGUCCCGUCUCCUUCCCCGUCUCCCUGCGGGGAGAGACCAGUGAGGUUCCCCCCUCUGUCAUCUGCCAGGAAUCCCUGGCAAGAGCAGUGUGACGAGAGCCAACCCUGUCCCCUCCCAGCACCCAGUCUCCCCCGCAACCGCCCCCCACGGAUGGUCAGUCGGCUUGGUGGUUAAGGACAGAGUGAGCACUGGGAGGCAGAGAUCCCUUGUUCUAAUCCCAGCCCUGCCCCCAGCCUGCCGUGUGAUCGUGGCCAAGUCACGCAACCUCUCUGGGCCCCCUGCUUCCCCCUCUGCCAACUGGGGAGAAUAAUCUGUGCUCUUCUUCUCUCUCCCAGAGGCGUCAUGAGGGCACAGUGACAUAAUUGACAGGAAAGAGCUUGGGAAGUUAAAAGCAGUCUGUCAAAUGCAGGCUAUCAUCCUGCUUAUUAUGAUGAUUUUUCAGGAAUUGAAUGGUCAGUACCCCCAAAUCAGCACUCUCAAAGGGAGGAAUUGGGGAUCAGAAACACUUACCGUGUCUCAUCUUUCCAGAAGAUGGAAUUUAUGCCACUUGUGGUGAUUCAGGGCAGUGGCUGAUAGAGGCACAGUAAAAAAAAGAAGAGUAGGCAGGUGGCCAUUUAAAAAUAUGUGCUUUUCCUGCAGAACUCUGGGUAAUCUGCACACUUGCCCUACAUAAACACCCCCAAACUUACUCUCCCCCAAGGGUGGUGUUUCAGCUGCCGACAUUCAAAUUGGGCCUCCGAGCAGAGUUUCGAUGCGGGAGAUCCCAUUUUCUCCGUUUCAGUGAACUAAAUCUUGAGCUGUUUUCAUUUUUCAAGGAUCAGUUAAUUAGUGCCUCCUUCCCCUGCUGCUCCUCCUAGUCCCUCUCCCUCUGAAUAAUAUUCAUAAUGAGGGUAUUUAUUAAGUGCUUACUA